AUGCCUAUCAUUUUUGGUGGGGGUCUUAGGAUCAACAUCUUGGAUGGAAGGAAUGGACAACCUCUUCUCCAGAAGAAUAUCAUCAGCUCAGGUUCAGCAACCACAUCCCCAUUGACUGUGAGUACAGAAGGGUACGGCAAUGAUGCAUUCUUUUACUGGAGACUAGGUUGUGAAGGGCAUGAGCAAGAGACAGAAGCUUUCCGUUUUACUGGAGAAGGUGAAAGCAAGGGCUCUCUAAGUCGGACCAAUUUUUGUCGAGAGAGGUUCAAUUCAGGCUCUGUGACCACAGGCAGCCUUCUCAAUCAACAUAUGGAUGUACCCGGACAGGUUGUUUACACUUCAGCUGAUCGCUUUGAAGAUGAGCAUAGAUACACAGUAAAUGCUACUCGUAUGGCCAUGGAAUACCUGAAGAAAUAUCCUGAAGUAAUACCUGUCGUACUUGAUGCUCAGAAACAGGACGAUAAAGAGGAAGAGAACAAAUCAAAAGAAGAUAAUGAUCAGAAAGAUAGCAGUGCUAAGGAAGAAAAUAAGCAGUCAGCUACUGAUUCAGCCUUACCUAAUUCUCACAAUCAGGAUUCCGAGCCAACAACACUCCCACCACAAUCUAGGACACAUUCAUUAGACUUCCAGAAUGAAUAUGACAAACUUUUGGCAAGACUAUCUGCAAUAUCAGACAAUCUCAAGGACCAAGACGAUUUUCAUGACCAGGGGUUCACGUCACCUGACCAAAGAGAUUCUUCAACCAAAGCAACCAACCUUGAAAUCAACACUGACAAAAGUGAUAAGAUCCCAACAGAAAGCUCUCAGGCAAAAGAAGAAACUGAAGCUGUUGACGCGACACUGACCACUACCUCACCUUCUGAUGAUGAUGCGCUACUAUCUGGAGAUAUCGCAGGAGGACUCGAAGACCUUGGACUUCCAGAAUCCUGGUUUGAUUCUCCGAAGGAGAAGAAAUCGGGACAAGAAAGCGGUGAUGAAACUCCCCAAGAUGACCUACAAAACCUCUCAGAGGAAGAGCUUGAGGGAAUCCUCAAGGACCUUCUUGGACUAGACGAUGAAUCAAAUAAUGAUGGAAAGAUAAAGAGGUUUGUAUCUAAGCGCAAUGCCAAGCUGUUUGCCUCCAGGUCGGACAUGCCAAGGGAUAAGCAACACCAAAGAUUGAGACGUCACGCAGGACUCCAUGAUGCUGGAGGCAUCCAGAGGCUCAUCUCUACUGGUACCCUGGCUCCACCUCUUAGUCCAGUCCUGGAUGACUUACCCAGCGAUCCAAACAGCAUUGAUGUCAUCUUUGCAACUUACUGGUUCUAUCCCAAACCAAAUAGGAUCAUCACAGCAAGAGAGCAGAAAUGCCUUGAUGAUUGGACCAACAAUGAGCAACAGAGAAUGGAUCCUAGUAAUGAGUAUUAUGGGCUUGACCAUGAUGCAUAUGAACAUUUGGGUUCAGACCAUUGUCGGAAGUUGGCUGCCUCAGCUACAGCAUCUCCUACAGAGUCACCUACCGACCCCCUCAACAUCUAUCCCUUCAACUUGGAUGCGGGGGAGAUGACGGUCUACAGACUACGGCUCUCUUGUGACUGCGGCCUCAAGGAGGCAAAGAGGACCAACCCGGGAGCGCGCUGUGCCAAGAUACUCCCUUUCCACCAGCAGGAGUGGGGCGCCUACAUGGGCACGUAUGGGAACAGUUUCUUCCGGGAGAGAAUCAAAGAGGAUACAAAGGAAUGAAAUUUAUUCUAGAGAGGUGCUAAGUACCUAAAAUAAAGGUUGCACAGUACCAAAAUAUUUUCACACCAGCGUUGGAACUCCCUCCCUUCUUCACUUUGUGAAAUUGACAGCAUAGAACUCUUAAACCGUCUCUCAAAACUCACUUAUUUUGGCAGAUGUGUAGUGAUUAACUUUUUGGAUGAGCCUGCGCCUAUGAAUGUUUUUAACAGAUAUAUGGCGCAAUAUAAAUGCUGUGGAUCAUCAUCAUCAUUAUGGCUAGGGUGGAAGUACAUGUAUGAAGAUAUAAAAUAUUAUAUCAAUUUGUAUCCACCCGUCAACGAGGUUUGAAUGCACAACUAUUAGCAGGUAAAGCUAAUGCAGAUAUCUUCUGAAUUAAAACAAAAUUAUGAAGAUAAAUUGGGACAAAAGAAUAAGGCAUGCUAAUAUUGUACAAUGUUGUGAGGGUUAAGAUUAAUAUGUGAUUAUGACUUGUAUCAAGAUUCGAAAAUUUAUAAUGUAGACUGCAUAUACAAAUUCAUGGAAAACUUAGAAAUCCAAAGAUAACAGUUGCCUUAUUGAUACUCAGUAGAUGAGACAAAUCACAACAGGAAAACAUGUGAUAUUUUGCUUGUGAUAAAAACUGCCGAUCUAUAUAGCAUAGAAAGAAGGAUUCCAAUGAAGGAUUCCAAUAUCUAUUUUCAUUUUUGAUGAUUUGAUUUAAAACCCCCCAAGCAUAUUCUAGUCAAUUUUGAAUAAAUGCUAAAUACUGUACAGGGAUGUAAAUCAAAGAAAUUAUUUAGAUAUAUAUAGGCCUAUAUAUAUUUACAAAAUCAGUGUGAUAUCUUUCUAUUUUAUUUGUUCAUGGUAUGAGGGAAUAUGUAAUGUUGUGUAAUAUCUAUACACAAUAGUAAAGCAAGGGAUAGAUUUUGGCUGAUUUAUGCUUAUACCCAAGACCAGAGUCCAUUGUGGAAGAAAGUUCCUGUGUUGUAAUAAAUAACAAUUGAUAUAUUUUUGUUUAAAUGCCAACACCCAUUCUUUGUACAGAUGAUUUUUAGGAGGUAAUGUAUGAAGCAAAGACAUUUAGAUAAAUCUUUGACGAAGAAAAAAACUUUUUUCACAUUUAGCCCACUUUUACCUUUUAUAUCUAAGUGCUGGUAUUCAAAUUAUUUUAGAUUUUUUUUUAUAAAGAAUGUCUAAGUGUCUAUUCACUUCAUGAUGGAGUUUUGCAAAAUUUCAGUACCAAGAACUUAAUAGACUUUUGCAAAGACACAUCUAUACCGUUUCGUUUCAUAUGAUAAUUUUUAUUGUAAAUAAUGUCAGUACUUACAUAGCCAGAAAAUGAAGUGGCUCAAAUAUUCAAUCUAGAUUGACCAAGCAGUGAUGGUAGUUGACAUUGUAAAAAUCUUUCCCAAUUAUUUUGUCUUGUGCAUUUGAUUUUGCUCAAACGUUGUUGCAAUGAAACGUAGAUAAUCAAAUAUUGAUAUAUGAUGUCUAAAUUUUGUCCCUUUGGCAUCACUGUUGGAUAUGGGGAUUUUUCGGUAAUGAUUUGUAUAUUAUAUUUUGUCACUGUAUGUUAUUCUAAUGUAAAUCAGAAUGGAUAGAAACUCUGGGAUACAAUCAGUGUGAAUUAUUUUUUUUUAAUUUUAUUAAUUCAAAGGAUUGGAAAAACUUAUUUUUUUCGUUUAUUCAUAUGUGUGCCCCUUAUCCAAAUCUGAAAUUUUCCAGUAUUUGCUCAAAGUGAAUCAUAUACUAAAACACAACAGUAUGUUAUUUCAUAGAAAAUGUAUAUAUUUUGAAUUAUAUUUCUAAAUUCAAACAAAUUAACCACCAGAGAACUAUUUAGAAGGAACAAUAGUUUCCAGUCAUCCUAUUUUUAAUGCAUAAAGGCCACCGCACACCUUACGAAUGUUCGCGAUCCGAUUUUGGAACGAAUCGCAUUUUACUCAUUUUCUGAAAAUGUGAAUGGAACAUAUCAUUUUAUUUGAGGUUAAAAUUAAUUGAAAGAAUACUAAAUACUAUAACCAUUUUGAAAGAUUGCAAGCCUUUAUUUUGUAGUACAGGCAAAAUUUGUUUCAAAUCGUAGCCAAUCGUACGACUGCUGUGACGUCAUUGCGAAUAGAUAUUAAAUUUACUUUUAUUCUAAGAAGGAUGAUAGCAUAGUCACAGAUUUGAACAUAGGUAUUUGUACAAUGAUUUUGAACAUUACACAGUAAGAUAUUCCAAGUCUCAAUAUUAACAUCAAAUUCUACUAGGUUUUAUUCCAAAAUCGGGUUGCAGACCGAUUGUAAGGUGUGCGGUCGCCUUAAGAGAUAUUUUAUUCAACUGGUAAAAAUUAUUAAAGCUAAGGUAUAAUGCUAGAAAAAAUUGUAAAUUUUUUUGCAUUUGGUUCAGUAUAUUGAACAAAGGCUGAUUGACAUUUAUACAGUACUAACAUAAUCCUUGAUUUUACAGCAUUUCAUUUGCAAUAUUUGUGUACAGUAUGUUUGAAAUUUGGUGCAUGGUUUUUAACAGUAUGUAAACGCUUCUUGUUUUAUUUUGCAAUUAUCUUUUUUUCUUUUGCAUUAUGUUAGUGUAAACUAAGUCUUUGUGUAGUAAAUGGCCCGUAUUCUGAAGUCGGGUUUAACUUAGACCACGGUCUAUUUAACUGUGUGCUUAAAUCAUGAGGAGCCAAAAUUUCAAAAAUUCUGUUUGUAUUGUAUAUUUCUUAUGUAUACUAUUUCGUUUCAUUUUGCUUUCAUGAUGAAGAAAAAUACUUAAGUAAUCAUUCCCAGACAAUAUGAACAACUUAAGUCAAAUGAGUUAAUAAAGUGGAUUUGUACUAUCAGGGAUUUUUCUCCCAAUUGGCUAUCCAUAGUUAAACCACAACUUAAAAUCAGGGUUUAAUUGAAACCAGAGUUCAGAAUACGGGCCAAUGACUUUAAUUUGGGAAGAUAUGGAUAUUUUUUCUAGUCAAAUGAUUUGAACAAAUAAAAAUAUUUUAUUGCCAUUGUUUCACUCUA